AUGUCCCACUCACCCCGUCUCAAUCUCGCAGUUAGAGACCGUUUUCUGAAAUGGACGAUUACGGCAAAGAUCUUCAACAUUCUUGACACAUAUCUGCGACCGUCCUCCACCAUCGCACCGAUCGAUGCUGCUCAAGAGAUAAACCAACUUUUCCCGCUCAAUCGGCCCACAGAGGGAGAGGAGCCUAACGAAGAGCCUAUUAGCUUCCUGUGGGAGAUGUGGGAACUGGUCCUAGAUGUCGUGUCACAACUGCCCUGGGACCAUCCAUCGCAGGAAAGAUCAAUUGACCUACUCAAGGCGCUGCGCUCUUUGCCUGAUCCUGUGAUGGUCGAUAUGCCAGGGUUCGGUGAAAUGAGAGUGUGGGCUGACCUCCCGAUAUUACAUCCCGUGCUGAACGAAGUUUAUUAUGGAAUCGACGCACCAGAAUUCAAAGAAGAAGAGAAAUUCCGGAGCCACAAUUACAACACGUUCUGUGCACGUAUGAUGCGCGACUCCAUCCGUAAUCGCACAACAUACGCUAUCUGCACCAUGCGCGACGCGCUCGAAGUUGAACCGGACUAUCGCGCUCGCGCCUACCAUACCCAGGGCCCACAGCUCAACACGUUCGUGCCAAUAGCGGCAACGUGGAUCAUGUUGGCUGGGAACUACCUUUUCCACUGCAGCCAAGAUUCGGGGCAAGGUGCGGAAGCGGACAGUCAGAGUAUUGCUGGAGGGAGAGGCUGGAAAGGCGCGAAUGGGUAUUCGUUGGACCGCUGGAGAUUCUGGAAAAGAAGGUUCAGUGAACUGAAGGAACAAGAUCAAGCAAGCGAAGAAACAAGGGAAUUUGCGAGGAAGGCAGAGGAUAGGAUGAAUAAGGUAGAGGCUAACGAUGUUGGAAGUUCCUGA